AUGAUCUGGAAGCGGAAGACCUCUGGGCGAGGCGGCAGCUGCAGUGGCAGGGACGAGAUGCGGGAGCGGCUGAUCCCGGCCGCCGCGGGCGGCGGCUGCGCGGCGGGGUGCGUGCCGCCGGGCUGCGUGGCGGUGCUGGUGGGCGGGGGCGAGGAGCCGGAGCGGGUGGUCGUGGACGUGCGCGCGCUGGCGCAGCCCUGCGUGCGGGCGCUGCUGGAGGCUGCGCAGCGGGAGUUCGGCUUCGACCAGAAGGGCGUGCUCCGGAUCCCCUGCGCCGCUGCCGAGUUCCGCCGGGUCGUCGCCGCCGGAGGCCACCGGUGCAGACGGUAG